CUGUCAGCUUAAACCCACUCCAAACAAGGCCAUGGCUUCUCUUAAUUCCCUUCCAACAACAGCCUACUCCUCCUUCACCAUCACAACCUUCCCCUUGUCAUCUUGCCCAUUCUUUAGCAAGAAGUCGCAAAUCUCAAUCAAAAAAGAUCAUGGUAACCCUAAACUGUCUUGCAAAGCCAUAAAUGGUGACCAAAACCCUAAUAGUACUAGCUCCAAAAACAGCACUGAAACUUCUCUAGGGAAGCUUGAUAGGAGGAAUGUGCUUGUAGGGUUAGGAGGGCUCUAUGGUGCCUCGUCUCUCUGUCCUCAUGGUCCCCUAGCAUACGCCAAUCCUCCAGUGUUAGCACCGGACAUAUCAACAUGUAACAACAACAAUUUGCCUGUAUAUGUAAGACCGCGGCCCCCAAUUUGCUGCCCGCCAUCUACCACAAAAAUCAUUGAUUUCCAGCUUCCACCGCAGUCUGAUCAGUUGCGCGUUAGGCCGGCCGCUCAUUUGGCCAACGAGGAAUACAUAUCCAAGUAUUCCGAGGCCAUUAAACGCAUGAACGAGCUUGAUAAACACGACCCACGUAAUUUCAUGCAACAAGCUAACGUUCAUUGUGCUUAUUGUGAGCAUGCUUACCGACAAGUUGGCUUUCCAGAACUUGAGUUUCAAGUACAUCAGUCAUCGCUCUUCUUUCCUUUUCAUAGAUGGUACCUCUACUUCUAUGAAAAAAUAUUGGGAAAAUUGAUCGAUGACCCCACUUUCGCUUUGCCAUUUUGGAAUUAUGAUGCUCCCCCUGGCAUGCAAUUGCCUGCAAUGUAUGCUGACUCUAAAUCACCACUCUAUGAUAAGCUCCGUGACAAAAAACACCAGCCACCAACCAUUAUUGAUCUUUAUUAUGACGGCAAGACUGAUAAACCAACAAGCGAUGAAAAAAAGGUGUCCAACAAUCUAAUCAUCAUGUACCGUCAAAUGGUGUAUGCCGAUACCGCUCGGCUUUUUCUCGGCGGCGGUUACCCUGCCGGCCAUGCUCCUGAAAAAAGAUCUGGCUCGGUCGAGCUAGUGCCUCACAAUAUAGUGCACGAUUGGACCGGUGACCGGAUGCAGCCUAAAGGAGAGGACAUGGGGGUCUUCUACUCGGCCGGAAGAGACCCUAUAUUCUUUGCUCAUCACUCAAAUGUUGACCGACUCUGGACAAUAUGGAAAACCCUAGAUGGAAGACGUAAAGAUUACUCCGAUCCGGAUUGGUUAAACACUGAGUUUUUCUUCUACAAUGAAAAUAAGCAGCUUGUUCGUGUGAAGGUUCAAGAUUGUCUGGACGCCAAGAAGCUCGGGUAUGAUUACCAACCCGUGGACAUUCCAUGGAAGAACGCUCGGCCAACGCCUAAGGCUGAGAACGCUACCAAAAAGAAGAACAAAGCUAGUGGCUUACAAAUGAGAUCAGCACCUAAUACGGCCCAGACAUCUAGUGUUAGGGCUACUAGUGCUAGUGAUGUUUUUCCGACUACUCUAAAUAGAGUGGUAAGGGUUUCGGUUCCAAGGCCGAAAAAGUCGAGGAGCAAGAAAGAGAAAGAAGAAGAGAAGGAGGUGUUGGUGAUAGAAGGAAUAGAGUUGGAGAGAGACGAGUUUGUGAAGUUUGAUGUUUAUAUUAACGACGAAGAUGAGACGCCGAGCGGACCCAACAAGUCGGAGUUUGCCGGGAGUUUUGUGAACGUGCCGAUGGGUAUGGGUUCCAUGAAGACAAAGGCUUCCUUGAGUCUUGGGAUAAAUGAGUUGCUGGAGGAUGUGGGUGCUGAAGAUGAUGAUAACUUGUUGGUGACUUUGGUGCCCAGGGCUGGAACAGAUCUAGUUACCAUUGGUGGUAUCAAGAUUGAGUUUGAUUCUUCUUGAAUGAUGGAAUUGAAUUAACAUUAAGUCUAUUACUAGUAAUAUUUCAUAAUAAAAUAAAUAAAUUUUACUUCUUAAA